CCCUCCUCCUCUUCCCUCUCUACCCUCCCCCACUCUCCUGUCGAUCCGACCGUUCAACCGCCCCCAGUAUCCACUUCAAUCGGUGCGGCGGUCUGUCUCUUCCUCUCGCUCUGACAGUCACUAUGGCAUACCAGUUCUUCGCAAAGGCGCAUCAGGCCAAGGCACCCACGCCCGCUUCUCCACCUUUGUCCUCCCCUCAGCCUCCAGCGCCGGUAUCUUCGGCGUCAAACAACCCCUCGGCCAGACCACCCAAAGGUCCGCCACCGUUCGUUGUUCCCCGUCAGUCCAGCUCUCCCUCUGUCAACCUCGCAUCCAAAUUCCAACCUCCAACCGGCCGGGACCCUUCGUUCCAAGCGCCUCCCUAUCCCCAUCCCAUCGCAUCAGCCCACCCAACUCCGCACCCGCACGUCACCGUUGAGUUAGUGGGCACAGCGCAUAUCCCUUCGCUCACUCGGAUCACGGGCUUGCUGCUUCCCAUUCGCUAUCCCAACUCCUUCUACACAGCCACCAUCACCGACCCCGUGAUCGCGUCACUGUCCCGCGUGGCCAUCUACCACGAUCAUCCGGUAGCAGCCGCGCCCGCCUCCGCGACACCCCCCUCCUUAACAAGCCCAGCCAUAGGGACCGACAAGGUGAUCGGAGGGAUCAGGUGUCGGCUCGAGCGACUGCCGCCUACUACCGCGGAGCUUUUGCAAGGUACUUCGACCUCGGAGCCUACGAAUCUCUACAUCCAGACUCUCCAUCUACUCUCCCCGUAUCGCGGAUAUGGAAUCGCGGCUUCUCUACUCAACUCGCUGCUCUUCUCUAACUCGGAUUUGUCGUCUUCUGGGUCUCCGGGUCCCCGAUCGGCUCAGCAGGUCUCGGAGUUGGUGAAACAUUACAACAUCCGCACCGUCACCGCGCACGUCCACGAGGCCAAUGACGAAGGUCUGAAGUGGUACGUUGCGCGUGGGUUUCAAGUAGAAGAUGGGGUGGUGGAGAACUAUUACCGCCGUCUGAAGCCGUCCGGGGCUCGGAUUGUCAAACUCUCACUCCAGUGGACUGACGCUGAUAACGAGGGGAACAAACCAUCCCGCAACGAGAUUCAAGACAUCCCCAAAGACCAACGUAAGACGUCAGUUGGAGAUGACGAUGACGAUUGGGAGAAAGUCGAAGCAGAGGACGAUGACGAGGAUCACGGCGUACAGCCAUUCGCCGACUCUGAUUCCAAGCUCUUUGAAGUCGAUGAAGGCGUGAGCAGGAAGCGCAAGGCAGACGAUGAGCCCCAACGGCUGUGACUGACCUGGCUCAUAUCUAGAAGUAUAGAUGCACUGAUAUCCUCAUUUCCAUGUUCCUUUUGGUUUGCUUUUUGCUGCCUGUGGCGUUCCAUCUAUUCCAGUCAUUUGAUACCCUUUCCAUUGCGCAUACCCUUCACAAUAGAUUACUCCUGCUCUGCACGUUGUUUUAUAUCUGCUUGUCGCUCAUCAUCGAGUGUACAUAUGUCAUCUGCAAUCUAGUUUCUUCCAUAUAUAUAGAUCAUGUUUGAACUAAUAAACACCCAGUCCAAACACAAGGUGG